AUGUCCGGCCCAACCAGUGCUGCACCAGCUGUAGCCGCUCCAUCUCACCCCACCUCAAUCUCCCGACUACCCAUCUCCCCCCGUGCACCGAUCUACCACCUCCCCGCCGAUCCCCUCGUCCCUACGCCGCAAGCCCUGCUCGAUUUUUCGUUGUAUGAGCACCCACAAGACUUUGCCGCGGGUGGCCAGAUCGCGCUCAAGGUCGGCGUCGACAAGAUCCCGCCGAGCAUGUUGCGUCGAUCGAGGAUGAUCAGUGAAGGAGGCGCUUUCACUUUCGUUUCCCCUCUGCCGCUCGAAUUUCCUUAUGAUAUUCAGGAGCUGAGCGAACCGCAGCAGGAGAAACAGGUCGGCAAGGAAACCACGGCUAGAGCCGGUUAGUUCAAACCCCCGAGCUCAGCGAUUCCAAUUUCGAAGUCACCGAGCACCGACGUGAUCAAGGCCAACGGUCGCUGCUGCUGCUGGCGAUGAUGCUAUACUGAGUUCGGUUCAUUAUACACCGAUUCUAGGAACGAUUGAAACCGCUCUGGCGCAGUUCGAGGUUUCACCCGACUAUGUGGAAGAUCCCGAGACUCGUUCGGCGUUCUCGUCCAAAGUUCGCCAGAGCGCCAAGUUCCCAACGCCGCAGUUCUUGUCCAUCUCGCAAAAGUGCCGCGACGAAUGGCUUCCACAACUCGACAUCGGUGAACCCGGAAGUGAAACGCGCAAGCUACUCGUCGACGUGCUGGGUGGAAAGACCGUGCUCGCACGAGAGGGAGAGCCAGGUUUUGCACCCUGGUCACUGUGUUACGGUGGCCAUCAAUUUGGAUCCUGGGCCGGUCAACUCGGCGAUGGACGAGCCAUCUCGAUCCUUUCGACACCUGCCGUCGAAGGCUUACCGUUCAAGUCGCUCGAGCUGCAACUCAAGGGCGCGGGUCGAACUCCUUACUCUCGCUUCGCCGACGGCCUCGCCGUUCUCCGAUCCUCGGUCCGAGAGUAUCUCGGGGCCGAGGCGGUUGCGGCCCUCAAGCUCCCAACUUCACGUGCGCUUGCUCUGGUCGGUCUGCCGAGUAUCAAAGUGCGUCGUGAGACGAUCGAAACCGCGGCUAUCGUGACGAGGGUCUCGGACUCGUGGAUUCGCAUCGGCAACUUUGAAAUUCAACGCACGCGCGAACAAUGGGACACGCUCUUGGCGCUUUCGAACUUCGUCGGGCGUCAAGUCUACGACUUUGAUGAUGACGGCAAAGCUCCCACAGAGGCAGGAAAUCGCUCGAUGGCGUUGGCGGUGCUGACCGAGGCAUCGAGGCGUACCGCGAUCAUGGUUGCUGGAUGGCAAGCUUACGGCUUCCAGCAUGGUGUGAUCAACACUGACAACGUUGCGAUGAAUGGAGCGUGCAUCGACUAUGGACCGUGAGUGAUGGCUUGGAUUGCACCACUACUAGGUACACGAUUACUAAAGGUCUCAAACUUUAUUCUCCUGUAGAUACGCCUUCAUGGACGUAUUCGACUCAUCGCACAUAUGCAACCAUUCCGACGACCUCGGACGAUACUCGUACAAGAACCAGCCGACGAUGGGUCUCUUUGCCAUCACCAAGCUCGGCACCGCUCUCGCCGAACUCAUUGGCGCCGAAAGUUCUUCCACGACUGGAGGAUUGUCUGGCUACGUCCAAGCCGAGAAAGGGUGGGGCGAAGAUGAGAGCAAAAUGGAGGAGUGGCGCAAGCUCGGGAAUGCAAAGGUGGAGGCCGUCAAGACGGACUUUGUGACCAUCUUCAUGGCCGAGUAUACCCGCCUCAUGCGUCUGGUAAGCUGUUUGAUGCUUUUUUUAAUACGGAGGCGUAUCCGGUGUCUGAUUUUUAUUGAACCCAACCUGCAGCGUCUGGGAUUCUCAACGGUGGGAGAUGGUGACUUUGACCUCGUCUCGUCACUCCUCGAUUUGAUGGAAUUGCAUUCGCUCGACUUCCACGCUACAAUCCGCCUUCUGUCUCAAUUUCCCUCUUCAAACUCGGCACCUUCCUUCUCAAAGUACGUCGAUCUAAUCCUCCCCAGCGAUAGCAAGCUGAUCCCUACGAACGCGCGAGUGGAUUGGACGAAUUGGUUCGACCGAUAUGCGCGGCGUCUCUCGGCCGAGGGAGAGCUCUCCCCGAGUGAGAGGCGCAAGGCCAUGGACGGGGUCAACCCUCGUUUUGUUUUGCGUCAAUGGGUAUUGGAAGAGACGAUUGAGCGAUUGGCGCAUCAGGAUCCGGAUCUGAGUGGGCUCGAGAGGGUCUUGUGCAUGAGUGAGGCACCGUUCGAAGCCUAUGGUGAGGUCGAGGUCGCUCAGGAUGGCGAGGGAGGAGCAUGCAAGGUCGAGAGCGACGAGGAUAGAGAGAGGACGAGGUUGUGCGGUAUGGGCAAGAAGGAGUUGUUGGGAUUCCAAUGCUCUUGCAGUUCUUGA